UGGGCCCCGCCGGGAGGUCGGGCGGCAGUCCACUCAUCCCUCGGAGGCGCCCCUGGGCGGAAUGCCAGGCCGCAGGGUCCCCGGCCCAGGAUAGUGUCCAGCCCGAGGGAAAGGGUCUAGACGGCGGUGCGGGAUGGGGACCGCGGCAGGCAAUGUUCUUGUAGGAAGCCCUCUUGAGGUCUCGGUAGGGGGGACGGGGAAGAGAUUGGCGUUGAGGAGGCCUGCGAAGGAUCAAGGUGAUUCCGGGAUGGGCACUGGGCAUGUGGAAGUUGGUUGGAGGUCAGGCCCUGCGGAAGGGGGAGAGAAGCCGGUCCUGCUCUCGGGAGAGAAAAGAGGGUUACACUAAGGACAUGGUGACAGACUUUGAUGAGAAACAUGAUGAGUAUUUAAUAUUGCUUCAGCAGAGAAACCGGAUAUUAAAGCAUCUGAAGGCCAAGGACCCCGUGCAGCUUAGGCUGGAGCACUUGGAGCAAGGUUUCUCUGUCUAUGUCAAUGGGGCCAAUUCAGAGCUGAAGACAUCCCCACGGAAAGCUGUGCAUACAGACUUCUCCAGAAGUGCCUCACAGGCCGAGGGGUCACAAGAUUAUGGACGAAGAACCCUGUUGCGAGAAGCUGAGGAAGUCUUAAGAUGCAGCUCAAAGACAGCACCAGGAAAAGUUCAGCGCCGAGGAUGGCACCAGAAAUCUGUGCAGAUCAGAACUGAAGCUGGCUCCCGGCUCCACAUUGAACCUCCCCUGGACUAUUCAGAAGAUUUUGAGUCAUAUGAGGAUGUGACUGGCAAGCACAAGGAUGCCACUGGGGACCAUGCACAGGAACCGAAAAAAGGUCUGGGACUUAGCACGGACCUCCAGACGCAAGAGGAUGGCUCCAGUGACGAGUACGACUCCAUUGAGGAAGAUGUCCUCUCUGAGACCGAGGCCGAGGACCUUGUACUGCCAGGCCAUACCAGAGAUGAGUUCCCUCUUCCCAGCCAGGAUGCCCCCAAGGACCAGGAACUGGAAGGCCGGCCUCCCCAGGGCACAGAUACCCUUGUGGUGAUGGAGUUUAACCCAGCUUCUAAAAGUAAUAAAAUGGAGCGGGUUUUAUCCGCUAAGCGGAAGGACAAUGCUGAAGUCUUCAUUCCCAGCAAACCAGAGUUGGUCCUGAAUCCACAGCCCCCGACUGUGUUCCCAGACCAGGAGAGGGCCUGCUCCAGGCCUGGCAGCCGGAGAGACAGACCCUUGUCGGCAACCCGCAAAGCAUGUGCAGCCGAGGACCGAGAGGAAGAUGCCUCGGCUGUGCUGAAAGCCAUCCAGGUGGAGAAUGCAGCUCUGCAACAGGUGCUCCUCAGCCACGAGCCCGAGCCACCCGCCAGUCCACAGCAGGAUGCUGAGGAACCACCAGCAAAAUCAUGGCCCAGUCUGCUGAAGGCCAAGGAGGACAGCCCCGAGCUGCUUGCUGUCACGCCAGUGACCACCAGUCCUGAGCUGUGCAGGGCAGCAGGGGGAGCCAGAGCCAUCAGCCAAACCAUGGACAGAAGGAGCCCUGUGGGAAGCAGACAAGAGCGUAAGCUUCUGGGAGUCUUGCAGAGCAUGGAAAGUGACACUACCCAUCUCGGCCAAGUGGCUGUACCAACAGAGAAGCCAGUACCAGACCCAGAGGAAAAGUGGAAAGCAAGAGUAGACGAGAUUGAAGAUGCCAUCUGUGUGACCAUGGAAAUCCUGUCUAACUGGGGCAAUGCAUCCUGGGUGGGUCUCACGGAGGUCCAGUUCUUUGACCAGAACAACAUAAAGCUUUACGUGUCUCCUCAUGAUGUGGACAUCCGGAACGCAGUGUUGCCAGGCGAGCUGGGCUGCCUUGUCAACAGGGACUUGAUGAGCAAGAAGGACCCCCCUGUGUGGACCUGCUCUUUCCACCCACCACUUCAGCUCUAUUUUAUUAUCCACAACAUGCAACAGCUUCGUGACUUCAGUCUGGCCAAGAUCGAGGUUCGGAAUUACUGGACAGCAGAUGGGGAUCUUGACAUUGGUGCCAAGAAUGUGAAACUCUAUGUCAACAAAAGCCUCAUCUUCGAUGGUGUGUUAGACAAAGGAGGAGGUGAAGCCCCUUUUGAUUGUACCAUCCCUGUUGACCUUCAGAGUGAAAAGAAUGAGAACCCAGAGAAGGCCUUGAUCACUGGCUGGAAAGAAAGCAAAGGUGUCCUCAGGAUGGCUGGCAUGAGUGGGGACGAGUUGCUUGGAGUCAGCUGCUCACAGCCAGCUGAAGCCUUGGUGGAUAUGACAGUUGCCUCACAAGGAGAUUUCCUUGGUGAAAGGGUACAUUCUACUCACUGCCUGAAGGACAGUUUGUCCAAGUUACAGGAAGAUGUAAGACUGUUGGCAGCCCCUGCCUCGAUGGGUGAUGGACUCAGUGUCCCUUCUUCCUCCUCUCCUGGGAAAUGUCCUCCUCUAGAAGAAGAGCCCUCUUUGAUCCAACAGCUGGAAAACCUCAGAGGUAGGAAAAUCUCUGAACCCACCGGGAAAACCCCACACUGGUUACAGCCUUCUCCAGAAGGGAUGAGCAAGAAGCAGGCAGGAAGGAAGCCCAAGCCCCUGUGGCUCAGCCCUGAAAAGGAUCUGGAACAGAAGAGCAGGCUUUCAUCUGAUGACAUCAUUGGUGAUGCUCCUGGAGAAGUGGAGGCCAGGGAAAAAGGCCCCCGGCAUGAGCAAGGGAGGACUAGCAGCUGGAAUGUCAUCAUUGAUGAGAGACCCCAGAGGGCAUCCUCCAAAGCCUGUGGCAAUGACUUAGACAUCUUUAGCCAGCCUCCUAACAGAGAUCGCCCUGCUAGUGGGAGGAGGGCCCUGAAGAAGGAUGCCAGUGGUAGCCAUGGUGAUGACCAGCCAGCCAGCAAAGAGGGCUCCCAGGCCACCCAGACACUGCCUUGUUUGCAGUGGUUUGGGGAGCAGGAAGAUGCCCUGCAUGCAUCAUGGGACUCCCUCACUGCCUUCGACCGUGCCCACCGGGGCCGCAUCUCUGCCCUGGAGCCACAGGGGGACAUCUUAGAUGAGUUCCUGAAGCAGCAGAGGAGCAGCCGCAAUGAGGAGCCCCCAGCCCCCUGCAGAGAGGAGGAGCCCUCCCUAGAGACAGAUGGCGACAGCGACUUUAAAAUCCCAGUCCUCCCGUACGGACAGCACUUGGUCAUUGACAUCAAGUCUACAUGGGGAGACAGGCACUACGUCGGCCUUAAUGGCAUAGAGAUAUUCAGCUCCACGGGGGAGCCAGUACAGAUCUCCAGCAUUACAGCUGAUCCCCCUGACAUUAAUAUUUUACCAGCUUACGGGAAAGACCCACGUGUAGUCUCCAACCUCAUUGAUGGGGUGAACAGGACCCAGGAUGACAUGCAUGUCUGGCUGGCCCCUUUCACACCAGGCAUGACCCACUCCAUCGCCAUCGAGUUCACACACCCUUGCCAAGUUGCCCUGAUUAGGAUUUGGAAUUACAAUAAGUCUCGAAUACACUCCUUCCGAGGCGUGAAGGACAUCACCAUGCUUUUGGAUACACAGUGCAUCUUUGAAGGAGAAAUUGCUAAAGCCUCCGGAACCCUGAUGGGAGCACCCGAGCACUUUGGAGACACUAUUUUAUUCACCAUGGAUGAGGACAUCCUGGAGGCCAUAUUCUGUUUGGAUGAGACUUUUGACAUGGAUGCUGACAGCCUGUGUGGCCUUCAGCCUGAUGAGGCUCUAAGGAGACCCAGCACUGCUGACAGUGAAGAUCAGGAAGAGCGGCCUUUCACACAGGCUGGCUUGGGCGCCCAGGACCAGGUACUAGGGCUAGAGCUACAAGCUAGCCCCUCUGUCUCUGAAGUCACCACACCAGAGCCAGGCAUCUUCUACGGACUGUGCCUCCGAUUAAACUUCACAGCCUCCUGGGGGGACCUGCACUACAUAGGCCUCACUGGCCUGGAGGUAGUGGGCAAGGAUGGCCAGGCCCUGCCCCUCCACUCGCACCAGCUCUCUGCCUCCCCCAGGGACUUAAAUGACCUGCCUGAGUACACUGAUGACUCACGAACCCUGGACAAGUUAAUCGAUGGCACGAACAUCACCACCGAGGAUGAGCACAUGUGGCUGAUCCCCUUUUCCCCUGGGCUGGACCAUGUGCUUAUGAUCCACUUUGACAGGGCCCAAAGCAUUGCUGGCCUGCGCCUCUGGAACUACAAUAAAUCUCCCGAGGACACCUACCGAGGGGUCAAAGUCGCCCAUGUGUCCCUGGAUGGCCUGUGCGUGUCUCCUGCAGAAGGCUUUCUUAUCCGAAAGGGGCCUGGCAACUGCCAUUUUGAUUUUGCACAAGAAAUCCUCUUUGGGGACUACUUGCAGACCCGGCUACCACCAGCGCCCACCAGGAGGCUAGAUGUGAAGAGCCUGGAGCAAGCCAGCAUGGACUACGAGGCCCCACUCAUGCCCUGUGGCUUCAUUUUCCAGUUCCAGCUGCUGUCCAGCUGGGGAGACCCCUACUACAUCGGCCUGACGGGGCUGGAGCUGUAUGAUGAGCAUGGGGAGAGGAUCCCGUUGUCCCAGAACAAUAUCGCUGCCUUCCCAGACAGUGUGAAUGCGCUGGAGGGUGUAUGUGGGGAUGUGCGAACCCCUGACAAGCUUAUCGACCAAGUCAACGACACCAGCGAUGGCAGGCACAUGUGGCUGGCCCCCAUUCUGCCUGGCCUGGUGAACCGGGUGUAUGUCAUUUUCGAUCUGCCCACCACUGUGUCAAUGAUCAAACUGUGGAAUUACACGAAAACACCUCAACGAGGGGUGAAGGAGUUUGGCCUGCUGGUGGAUGACUUGCUGGUGUACAAUGGCAUUCUUGCCAUGGUGAGUCACCUGGUUGGGGGCAUCCUGCCCACGUGUGAGCCCACCGUGCCCCACCACACCAUUCUUUUUGCCGAGGACACUGACUUCUGUCACCAGGAGAAACACAACAUCAUCAGUAAGCCACAGGAAGACCAGGACAUACAGAUGAUGAAUGAAAACCAGAUCAUCACCGCCUCGAGGAGAAAGCCAGGCACGGCUGACCCAGCCUUGCGUCCCAAAACCUGCAUACGUGAGAAGGAGACCUCAAGGCGUUGGCGGUGCUGACUGGAACAGGAGGGGAGCCUCUUCAGGCUGCCUAGGCUCUAUCACCAGCCCUGAACAGCACCUACAUCCUUCAUACUUCAGGGUUGGCCAGCUGGGACUCCAAGGGCUGUAAGAGUGUAGAGGAACAAGGAACUUGAAUCGUAGCCCCAGGAGCUAUAGGGGUCAGAUGAAAGGGUCAAGAACAGAGGAGCCGCCCCUGCCUCACUGGGACUGGCUGCUGGGAGCCAGCGAUAGUUGGCUUCUCUCCAACAUCCAUAAGAGCAGGGCUUGUGGCCCCAGAGUCCGAGGCAACCCCUGACCCAGGCCCAGAACUUAGUACCAUGACCCUGCUCACUAAGGGCAACAGAGCUGCUGAGAGGCCAUGUGCCAUGGUGGCUCCUCUAUCCAGUGACUGGAGGCCUGAUGGGCUAGUCCUAGGUGGCUUUUGUCCUCUGUCGAAACCUGAUUCAGGACAGGUCAAGGGCAUCCUGCUGAGGAGAGGAAGUGAGCUGCAGUGAGUGCUGAAACCUGCCCUCAUCUCCUGCCUCUCCUCCCAUCUCUCUCUCUCUGUCUCUGUCUCUCUCUCUGUCUCUCUCUCUCUCUCUCUCUCUCUCUCACACACACACACACACACACACACACCCUGCAAGUCAGAGUUGGGAGGGCCUAGGCUUGGGGCCUGGCUCUUUUCCCUGCAGCCCAGAGCCCCAUGCCUGUGUGUACAUCUAUGAAACAAGCUCAGAUCAGGGACCUAAUCAGUCUCCCAGUAGUGGGUAAUUUCUGGUUCCAAAUAUUAAUCUGUUGUUUUCCUGGCUCGGGGCCCAGCGGGGCAGCGCCAUGGUACUGAACUCAGUACGUUCUGAUACUACCAAGAAUCACAUAGGCUUCCAAGCAGCAACACCCAGCAGCUGUACAGAUGUUUUAAUUUGGAGCCAGCUGAUGUGCAGAUAGGAUUGCUUCUCUGAUGAGAAUCCAUCAUCUCUGUAGCCUGGAGGGCUCCCCGCUCCUCCACUCACCCCCACGACUCCCAGGAGGGCCACCGCUUUAACAGGAACCCAGCUUCUGCUCAUGGGGUGGGCUCAUGUACAUUUUUCUGGAACACCCAAGAUUGACCUUGGUGUGCUCCCUCCAGACCCUUGGUGGCUGUUCAUAGGUGUACAUUCCAUGCAGCCUCAGAGGGAAGGCACUGGUACAAGCAUUAACUCUCAAAUAAAUGUCUAUUUUUCUUACAAAAUCAAUAAAAGAUGUUAUUAAGAA